AAAAAUAAAGACAGGAAAAAAAAGGGGACAGGGAAAAGAAAGAAACACCAACAGUGAUAAAAACAAAAACCACAGUUUCUGGCAGGGGUGGACAUAUAAUUUUCUUCCAGAGUCUAAGUCUUCUAGGUUAUUGUCUAUUUCCUCUGGACAUUGGAGCUAUCAUCUGCAUGUUGAAGGACAAUGUGGUAGUCAAAAUGAUCGUGGUCUGUAUGACAUUGGCCUGGAGCCCCUGGGCUGCCUACCCUUUCAUGAGUUCAGCUGUGAACCCAAGGAGAAAAGCCCUUGCUCUCUGUCCUGUUUUUCUCAUGUAUGUAUCUGUUGGUUUUCUUAUCAUUGCCAUUAAUUAAUGAAUUAGUGGUUUCCAUUUGGGUUUCCUCAGGUGAGCAGUUACAUAGGAACCUCAGGCGGUGGUUGAUUUUCAUCCCAUGUUACUGUAUAUUUUGACUUGAAAUCAUUGGGAUUCAACCAGAGGAUAUUAUACGCCAGUUGUAUUUCAGUAU